CCGCGAAGCUAACACUCUCAAAACCCUAGCCACAGGUAACCACCGCAGGGAAAAUGGCACCGAAGCAGCCAAGCACUGGUCUUUUUGUUGGGUUGAAUAAGGGUCACGUUGUCACCAAGAAGGAGUUGGCUCCACGCCCCUCUGAUCGCAAAGGGAAAACAAGCAAAAGGGUGCACUUUGUAAGGAGCCUCAUCCGUGAAGUUGCUGGGUUUGCACCUUAUGAGAAGCGUAUAACUGAGUUGCUGAAGGUUGGAAAAGAUAAGAGGGCACUUAAAGUUGCCAAGAGAAAGCUCGGAACUCACAAACGCGCAAAGCGAAAGCGUGAGGAGAUGUCCAAUGUUCUCCGAAAGAUGAGGGCUGGUGGAGCUGGUGAUAAGAAGAAGUAAGAUUGUCUAUUUCAUUUCAGUUUUACAGAAUGUACCAAUGUUCAAAAAGACAAGCUGUCAAAGUUUUGUUUGGUUCAUUUAUUUUGUCUGCUUUACAUCUAGAGAUGUCUUGUUUUGACUCUGAUUUUAUGGGGAGUACCAUUGGUUUCUUUUGCGUAGAGAUGUCUUGUUUAGACUCUGAUUUGUUGAAACGUUAAACUGGUUUAUUUUGCAUUUUACUAGAGCUGAGAUUAAUCCUUUGAGAACAA